AAUAUGAGCUUGCAGCUUCCAGGAAAUACUGCUCUUUAAUCAGGUGCUCCAGCUUUAAGAAACGAAGUAGAUCUCAAAGAUACAAGACAGAUGGGAAAGAGGGAACUUCCAGUCCAUCAUUAGAAAGUACAAGUAGCGAGCUAAGCACCAGUACCUCAGAGGGAAGUACCAGUAAUGUGUCUGGCUCGAGUGAUUUGGAAAGCAGGGUGAGACCACAUCAGCAAAACCCCCUCAUUCCUAUGAUGCUUUCCCCACCAGAAUCGCUGUUAGUUUCUUGUGUUUUGAGGGGAAACUUCGUAGAAGCCCAUCAGGUGGCUUUGAUGUUUAAUCUGGAUACUUCACCUUGCUAUGGUGAACUGGUUUUCAUGGAGCGCUACCAAGAGGCGGUACGAGAAAUGGCAAGAGUGGAGCACAAUAUUGAGAAUCAAGCAUCAGAUGGCGCUGGAGGCAUCAGGAAAUCUGGCAGUGGCCGUUCGACACUGCAAGCUAUUGGGAAUGCCGCAGCAGCUGGAAUGGUAUUUUAUUCCAUCUCGGAUGUGACUGAUAAAUUGCUUGCGACUUCUGGAAGUCUUGCCCCUACUCUCCAAGAAAACUUCUGGAUCAGCAACAUCCAGCUGGAGCAUACUGAUCCUCUGCGGGAAGUCCUUGAGGACCUUAGUCCUUCAGCAAUGGCAGCAUUUGACCUAGCUUGUACUCAGUGCCAUCUUUGGAAGACAUGCAAACAGCUUUUGGAAACAGCAGAAAGACGACUGCACAACAGCCUUGAAAGUCGGGGCCACCGACCUGACUUUGUUUUACUGCACUCUGAAGGUGUAAAGGGUUUCCCAGCAGUUCUCCAGCAAAUAAGUAAAAUUCUCAACUAUUCCUGCACAUCACAAGCGCAAUCCAAGCCAGAGGUCUCAGAUGAGAAAACAGGGAGUCAUUUUCGAUGCAGUAUUGUAGACCUUCUGCAAGCUUGCUACCCUGCCUUGACUGAAGAAAGUAUUACUAAUGAAAUUGUUUUGUCACAAAAUCUGGAUCAAAUCCUAAAAGCACUGACAUGUGUUGAACAUUCUGUGGACUCUAAAGGGAACCUGCUUGGCACCUUGGUGGAGCAGGCCUCUCUCAAACCUGUGGAGCUGGAGAAGCACCUGGUUUGGAGUCAAAUGCAGCUCCUACUAAGAACUCUUGACCAGCAUGUCCAGACCAUGCCAGAGAGCAACAUGCAGAUAAACUUUGUGAAGGCCUUCUUUGACUACAUCACUACACUGGCUGCUGUUGUGUUACGAAGCCUGAAUGCAGAGCUAGAUACAUCUGCAGAAGUGAAAGUGGGGAACCCUUUCAUACUGUUACAGCAGAGUCCAUCUCAGCUGCUCUCACAGCUGGUGUUUGAGAGACAGGUUCAUCCUGACAGGCUUUCUUCUCUCUUGGCUAAAGAAGAGUUGAACUUGAAUGUGCAGCAAGUUAUUGUUAACUGUUGCUGUGAACCACUGUGCUUGUGCAGUGCAAGGCAAAUCAGCCAGGCAAAGUCUCUUCUGACACACAUCAGCAACUUAGCACACCAGUGUGCCUACCACUGCCUGCCAGAUGUUGAAAUACCUAUUCACAGUUCUGCAGUGACCUCUGAGGAUAUCUCCACUCAGGCCCCAUCCUCUGUGAAUGACUUGAGCCAGCACACACUCACUGCCUCCUCCCUGGACUUCCUAAAGUCUCAGUCGAAGCUAGUGGCCACAGUGGCAUGUCUAAGUGCAUCUAAUAUACAGAAGAUCCCCAAAUCGAGUUUAUCUUGGAUGGAAUUUCGGGGCAAACGGGAGGUGCCCUUAGGUUCAGAACAGAUUUCCAGGGAGGGUGAGGCAUUGUUGAAGGAGUUCCCAAUAUUGGAACGAUUUCUUCUUGCUAUGUUUGAGCCACUUCAGAAUCGGCGAGAGGAAGGUAGCAGUUUGGCUACUGUUUUCUCUGGCAAGACAUACAUAUCUCUGGUUCUCCUGGGAUUGCAUUCCACUGCAGCUGUUAAGGUAUUAAUGGGAGUCUUUGAACAAGCUCUUGCUGCAAAGGAUUGGGACAGAGCUCUGAAAGUCUUGGAUCUGUACAGUCAGGAUGUGGAUGAGCUGGUCAAUGUGAAGGAUGCUGUGCUGAGCUGUGCGGCUGCUGAAGAUAAGGAUGGUUGGCAAUACUUGUUCCCAGUAAAAAAUGCAACAUUGAGAAGUAGGCUGGCCCUGCGCUGUCUGGACAAAUGGCCCCUUGAUGCCUGUUUGGAAAUCCUAGCUUAUUGCAUUUCUGAUUUGGGCAUAACUGACGAACUAAAAGCCAGUCUGCAGAGCAGGAAGAAAGAACUUCAGGUUUAUCAACAGAUUUUGAAUGUGCAAAAUGAACCAUUGUGGAAUGACUGGCAGGAUCUGAAAAAAACCUGCACUGAUGACCCCCAGGCCGUCAUGAAUAUAAUUCUGAAAGCAAAGGAUUAUGAGUUGUGUGAGGAAUGGGGGCACUUAUAUCCUGUCCCUAGAGAAGACUUGAUCAACCUUCACCGUGAGCACCUUCUCCACUUACUGGAGGUGGGAGACAUGGAAAAAGCAUUGCAGCUUUUACAAAGAAUUGAAGACCCUGGUAUUUGCCUUGCCAUCAGUGAACAGUCCCUUGACCAGCAUCCGAACUUGGCAGCCUCUCACUUCUUGGCUGAUUACCUCACAACUCACUUCUACGCGAAUCUGACAACAGCACGCCGUAGUGAAAUCCAGGCACUCUAUAUGGGAUCAAAGGUGCUGCUGACUCUGCCUGAGCUCUCCCGUGUUAACUACUUCCACCUCUCCUCCAGGCCACUGCUCAUGCUGGAACAGCUCCUCAUGAAUAUGAAGGUGGACUGGGUAGCUGUCACUGUGCAGACACUGCACCAACUCUUAGCUGGACAGGAAAUUGGUUUUACUGUAGAAGACAUUGACGAUUUGCUCUCCAAGUAUGCAGAAAAAGCUCUCAAAUUCCCUUUCACAUUAAAAGAAAAGAGAUCAGAUUCUCUGAUACGUAUCCAAGAAAGUCUCAGUCAGGUAUUGGAGUGUGAAGUACUGUCUAAAUCGGGAUCAUCUGAACUAUCUCCUGUCAGCUUUACUGGUGUCACCCUAUCUGCAAGUUCCAGAGACAGAAGUCUGCAGCAGAAUUUGUUUCCUCAAGAAUUUGUGCCUCCCGAGAAGCCACCACCAAAGCAGCAAUGGAUACCUGAUGACACUGAAACGAUAUGUAUGGUUUGCAAAACUGAACGGUUUACUAUGUUUAACAGGCGCCAUCACUGCAGGCGCUGUGGCAGGCUGGUGUGCAGCACUUGCUCCACCAAGAAAAUGGCAGUAGAAGCUUGCAGAGAAAAUCUGUCUCGUGUAUGUGAUCAGUGCUAUAGCUACUGCAACAGAGAACAUCUGCCUGACUUGGUACAAGACACAAGCAUCAGAAAAGAAGAUCAGGACCAAGUGGAAGAAACUUCUAAUAAUGAAUAUUCCACAGUGGUGCGGAUACCCAAGGCAACUGAGCUUGAAUGGAUUUUUUCCUUGAAUGAAGAGGAGAAUGAACUUGUACGCAGUGAAUUUUAUUACGAACAGGCUCCCAGCUCUUCCUUGUGUAUUGCCAUUCUUAGCCUGCACAGUGACAGCAUAGUGUGUGGCCACCAACUGAUCGAGCACUGCUGCAAGUUGUCCCAAGGGCUCACUAAUCCUGAGGUGGAUGCCGGUCUCCUUAUGGACAUCAUGAAGCAAUUGCUCUUCAGUGCCAAAAUGAUGUUUGUAAAAGCUGGAAGGAGCCAGGAUCUAGCUCUCUGUGACAGCUACAUCAGCAAAGUGGAUGUGUUGAAUAUUUUGGUUGCCGCUGCCUACCGUCCAAUACCAUCUUUGGAUCAGAUUCUUCUCCCUGCAGCAGUAACGAGAUUAAGAAAUCGGCUUCUGGAAGCAGAGUACUAUCAACUAGCUAUAGAGGUUUCUACAAAAUCUGGGUUGGAUCCAGGUGGAGCAUGGCAUGCCUGGGGCAUGGCUUGCCUUAAAGCUGGAAAUUUAAGUUCAGCAAGAGAGAAGUUUAACCGAUGUUUAAAGCCACCUAUGGAUCUAAACCAGCUGAACCAUGGUUCAAGGCUAGUCCAGGAUGUGAUACAGUACCUGGAGUCCACAGUGAAGCCCAUACUCAUUGUGGAUGAUGAUUACUUUGCCACAUUGAGGGAACUUGAAGCAACACUGAGAACAAGAAGUCUGUCUCUGGAGAUGAUGUGUGAGGGGAAGAUUCAACACAACAGCUACUAUCAAGAGUGCUUGUUCUAUUUACAUAGUUAUGGCACUAAUCUGGCAAUAAUAAGCUUUUAUAUGAGGCACGACUGUAUGAGAGAAGCACUGCUUCACUUGUUAAAUAAG